GUGAUGGUGUGGGUCCAUGAUGGUGUGGGUUCUGUGGUGGUGUGAUGGUGUGGGUCCAUGAUGGUGUGGUGGUGUGGGUCCUGUGAUGGUGUGGGUCCCGUGCGCAGGCGCUGAUGACGGCAGCGCCUCUCCAGUGCCGGUCUGUCUGUGCGCCCCGUGUCUGUGUGUCCACCCCGGGACACGUCCCUGUGACCCUGGGACACGUGCGCAGCUUCGCUGCUGGUUGAACCCACAAGGGGAAAGGGGCAGACGCAUCCCCCGGCCCGGGCAGGGACCCCGGCUCCCUGGGCUCCCGCGGCCGGGCGGGGGGGUCCCGGCGGGGGGGUGCGGGAGGCGGCCCGUUCUGUCCCCGCGCACCCACCGGCGGUGCGGGGCUGCUCUUCCGCCCCUCGGGCUGCGGGAGGAACCCUCCGUCACGCCUCAGCCCACCGAGGCCCUUCAGUUUUGCGGCCGGGAGCCACCGCUCCGCCCCAGCCCCCCCCGGCCGCCGCCCGGACCCGCGAAGGGCAGCUGUGGGAUGUGGUGUUUUGUGGUGGUACCUCUUGCCCACCAGUCCAAUACUGGGAGGCACUGGGCACCCUUACUGUGACUAAAGGGGGAAAAAAACCCAACGAACGUUUCCUAUGAAUAAAAAGCCGGACAGGUGUUCACAAGAUUGGAAACGGGUACAGGCAGAAAAAAAAAGCAGAGAAACUCUAGUUUUUAACUCAACCAGAACAUACACGUGAAAAACCAGCCCCUCCCUCUGCUUUCCCGGGCACGAAGUCUGAUUUUAGUCAAAACCCGAGGAAGAAGAAUCAGGCAAGACGAGCGCUCCCGCGCUCACCUGGGAGGCGCGCUGUCCCUGUUCAAAGCGCUCCCCAGGUUGCCUCGCUGCCCCCAGGCUUGUUACCAGACUUCUCAGCGCGAUGCCGUAGGAGCCGUUGGCUACAGAGGCAGGUGUGGGUCGUGUCUGCGGUACCUCUGAGCAGACGCAGCCCCCAGACAGGGGAAAAGGGGACUUUAGACGGGAGCGAGGGGACCGCGCGUGCUGCCCUGCCCGGGGAUGCCUCUGCGAGCAGGGGGCAGCUGCGUGGCGGGGAAGCGUUUCCCCUUCUCCCCUCUCCCGUCACGGGCUCCUGCUGCUGCGCGUCCCUGGCGCCGGCGGCUGUCCCUCGCGGCUGCGCCGGCGGAGGCGUGCGCUGGGGUAAGGGCUGCUGGGCUCCACUCCCACAGCGCCCUGAGCGGAGGCAGCCUGAGCACGGAUGAGGAAGGGGCCUCCAGAAAGGCUGCCAACCAGAUGGACAACAUCGUGGAUAUGCGGGAGUACGACGUACCCUACCACGUUCGCCUCUCCAUUGACCUGAAGAUCCACGUGCGUAGUCCCAAACCGCCGGGCCUUCUCCUGGGUAACGGCCCGCAGCGUAGCGAACUGCUGGACGCGCAGCCACAGCUCGAGCCCUUCUUCGGGGCCGCGUUUACCCGGCGCCGCUCUGGCCCCAGCGGCCGAACAGAAGGGGCGCCAGGAGCCGGCCCCGCAGCGAGGCGCUGCCCGCCCUCCUCUCUCCGCAGGCUCACUGGUACAACGUGCGGUACCGGGGCAGCACCCACCCCCCUGAAAUCACCCGCCGAGACGACCUGGUGGAGCGGCCGCGAUUUUGGGGUUGAUGAAACGGAUCCCGUCGUUCUCACCUUUGACAUUGAAACGACCAAACUCCCUUUGAAGUUCCCUGACGCGGAGACAGACCAGAUCAUGAUGAUCUCCUACAUGGUCGACGGGCAGGGCUACCUGAUCACAAACAGGGAGAUCGUCUCUGAGGACAUCGAAGACUUUGAGUUUACUCCCAAGCCCGAGUACGAGGGUCCGUUUUGUGUCUUUAAUGAACCAGAUGAAGCUCAUUUGAUCCAGAGGUGGUUUGAACAUGUCCAGGAGACCAAACCCACCAUCAUCGUCACGUACAACGGAGACUUCUUUGACUGGCCCUUUGUGGAAGCAAGAGCAGCAGCUCACGGCAUCGAUAUGUAUCAGGAAAUUGGGUUUCAGAAGGACAGCCAGGGAGAGUACAAAGCAUCCCAGUGCAUCCACAUGGACUGCCUAAGGUGGGUGAAGAGAGACAGCUACCUCCCAGUGGGAAGUCACAACCUGAAAGCGGCAGCUAAAGCAAAACUGGGUUACGAUCCAGUGGAGCUGGACCCUGAAGAGAUGUGCCGGAUGGCUACGGAGGAGCCUCAGGUAUUGCCUCCCCGCACGGUGUCUCCUCGGAGCAAUUGCAAACCAAGCCCAGAGCAGCUGCGCUACGACCGAACAUUUAGCUUGAAGCGUUACAAAAUGGUUUUGCUUAACGCGGUGGGUUUGGAGACGCUAACUCGAUCUGCCUCCCCAAAUUGCCGGUGCCUUAGAAGCACGUGAGCUUGUGGGAAGGAAGAGCAGGAUUUCUUUGGAGCGGUUCUAGCGCUGGCAUCGCGCUGGGCGUUGGCUGUAUGUGUCGCUGUCAGCGGGAGGUGGCAGGCACCACCUAAACCAGCAGCACCACAAAGACCCGUGAUUCGCUGGAGGGACAAGAAACAGGCUUAGUGUCCAGGUGUCGCAGGCAGGGGGAUUCUCCUGAAGUCCUGGAGCAGCCUCCUGAUUCCCGGGCGGGGUGACAUCUGGGCCGUGAGCUCAUCAUCCCUAUUUCUUCUCGUUCAAAGCUGAGGCAUCGCUGUGCAAUUAGAGCCGGAGCACGAUGUGCUCAGAAGCAAACAGGUUGCUCUUUACAACCUGGGAUAUGGAGAAAUACACCCUUCCCUCCUUCCCGCUGCUAGGAGCGUGCCCAGCAGGAAUCGAUGAAAGAUUGUUGUCAUUGAGCUGCUCUGUCACGUGUGAUUGGGAUUAAUUUGCCUCUCGCCCUUCCUCGACAGACCCUGGGUCGCCUGAGGGCAGUGAGCCCCUGGCCCAGGUUGCCCAGAGAAGCUGUGGCUGCCCCAUCCCUGGAGGGGUUCAAGGCCAGGUUGGACGGGGCUUGGAGCAACCUGGGCUGGUGGGGGGUGUCCCUGCCCAGGGCAGGGGGUGGAACGAGAUGCUCUUUAAGGUCCCUUCCAACCCAAACCGUUCUGUGAUUCUAUAAGGUGGUCGAGCGGUUUGCCCAGAGGGUUGUGGGGUUUCCGUCCUCAGAGAUACAGAGAACCCAGCUGGACACAGUCCUGGGCAAGGAAAAAUCCA